UCAAAAUGCAACCGGGUCCGUCCCAGAAUGCUCUGCGAUCCUGCCGUACAAAAACAUGGCGGCGUCCUAGACUCCUCCCUGAUCCCAGCAUGCACCGCACAGUAGACUCAGCCGUUCGCGUAGUCAGGAAGAUGGCGGCCUCUGGGGAGGAGCCGCAGAUCCUGGUACAAUACUUGGUGUUACGAAAAGACCUAUCGCAAGCUCCGUUUUCCUGGCCGGCGGGCGCGUUGGUAGCACAAGCUUGUCACGCAGCCACUGCGGCCCUGCAUCUUUACCGCGACCACCCGCACACGACUGCUUACCUGCAGGAACUGGGGCGCAUGCGCAAAGUGGUCCUCGAGGCCCCAGAUGAGACCACCCUAAAGGAACUGGCUAAGACCCUGCAGCAGAAGAACAUGGACCACACCCUGUGGCUUGAGCAGCCAGAGAAUAUUGCCACUUGCAUUGCACUCCGGCCGUACCCCAAGGAAGAAGUGAAUCAGUAUUUGAAGAAGUUCCGGUUGUUCAAAGGACCACUGCUGGCCUAGAUGGCUGUACGCAACAUUGGAAUGAACGCCAGCAUCGCUAAACGUCAUGUACUCCUUUCAGUGUCAGCUGGCCUUUGCUUCCAGUUUUGAUGACUUCUUGAGAGUUAAGCUCCAAUGAUCAAAUUAAAGUUGUCAUUAAUAAGUACUUACUAAUAGUAUUAAGUUCAAGUGCGGGAGUGGGUGAAUAGCAAUAUUAUCUAUGGGUCAUUGCCCAGAUAGGUUUUGUUCGAUUCCAGCAUGGAGAUCAAGGGAACACACUUUUUUUUUUGUUAAAAAUAAUAAAUCCUUCUAACUUCCCUGGUUUAAAACUUUGCCUUGGAAUUCCUUAUUUAUCAUAGUUCAUG